AUGUUAGCAACAACAGCACCAAACUCGUUAGUCAUGAACCCAACUUCAAUGUUAGUAGAGAUGAAAAGCUUCAUUCCUUCUUCAUAUACUUUCGAAACAACAAUCCAGAAGAUAAAGCAAGAACUUCUCCAAGGAGAUUUAGACUGUAGUGCGAAAGAUGAAACAAAUGAACAGUAUCUUUAUGAAAUGCAGGAUAUUAUUGACCAUCUACCUAAACUUCCUGAAAUACAACAACAAAAGCUUACUAUUCCUGAAUUCGAUGAAAUAGAAGUCAAAGCAACUGACUCGGUAGAAAUAAAGAAGUUCAUACGAAAGGUAAACUAUGAGUUUCUUGGAUUUCAUUGCAACCACAAAGUCAUGGACAAAGACUGCGAUAUGGUAUAUAA